AUGGUUCUGACGCCUUCACCGGCUGUUGACUUGUGCGCGGCAAACGCCACGUGCUUAUCGGUGGUGGAAGAAAUUGGGGCGAAUGUAGACGUUAACUCCACUAUCGCGAACAUCUUGUCCGAUGGAAACUGGACGGCGUCACCACCUGCCGAGGCUGCUCCUCAGCUUACACGAUCCGCUCUUGUGCGGGCGCUGGUGCUGGUACUGAUCGCUGGAGUAUCCCUGUUCGGCAACUCGGCCACCUUGCUCUCGAUCUGGGCCAUGGGCCGGGCUCGUCGCUCCUCGCUCUAUCUGCUGUUGGCACACCUCUCUGUGGCUGACCUCAUGGUGACCGCGUGGUGUGUGGUCGCAGAAGCGGCAUGGACAGUGACGGUGCAGUGGUUGGGUGGUGAGCCCCUGUGCAAGCUCUUCAAGUACAUGCAAAUGUUCUCCCUCUAUUUGUCCACAUUCAUCCUGGUGGUGAUAGGCUAUGACCAGUUGCUGGCGCUUCGGUACCCCAUGGAGCGUGCCCGAAACCGUCUCCGUUCCAAGAGGCUCACUUUGGCCGCGUGGAUGUUCAGCGCAUUGCUCAGUCUUCCGCAGGGGAAGCCACGGCUGUUCUGA